ACAUCUCAACACUUCUCCUGGGUUUACUGACAAUCCCUGUAACUACAAAAGCAUCUUCUGAUGAGUGUGCGAACAGUAUUGAACUUUGUGGAUCUUACUCUAAUUGUGAUAAUACAACUGGAUCACACAUCUGUACCUGUAUGAAUGGAUUCGCUGCAGAAAAUUCAACUUUACCACCUUCAGGGACCAACCCAUGCAUAGAUUAUGAUGAAUGUCUUGACAAUGUCUGUGGAGACAACGGCACCUGUACCAACAGUUUUGGAAGUUAUGUUUGUAAAUGUCAUACAGGCUUUGAGCUCAUUCCUGAUGAAACUCCUGCUUGCGUAGAUGCCUGUGAUGCAUACACAAAUAUUACAGAACCAUGGCGCAAUGUAGGAUUUACAUCAACUUCCUUCCCUGGUUGGCCCAAAGGUGAUGCAUCGCUCUAUAACAAGUUUUGGCGCUUCACGGGGAUCGGAGGAGACAAAGUUUAUCCAGAAUGUUCGUCAAACAAUCGUGGUGGCACACAGUAUCCUCUUUAUAUUCCAUUUGAUGAUCCAACACCUGAGUCUCCAUCAGUAACAGGAUAUGCAUUCAUUAGAUAUUCUGGAUGUAACGGUAGAAAUGUACAAACGGAGGUGAUUCUGUGUCCUGGUGGAUUCUUCAUCUAUAAACCAUUACGACAGCCAUGGUCUAACAUGGGAUAUAUGAUAUAUCAUUCUAACUGUACAGCAGACUGCUGUGGACCACUUGCUGAGUGUAACCAUAUAGGAGCUUGCAAAUGUAUCAAUGGAUAUGAACUCCCACCAGAACACCUCCCCACACCAGAAUCAUAUGGCUGCAAUGAAACAGAUGAGUGUGAGAAGACUUCAGGUAAAAUUUGUGGAUCUAACUCUAAUUGUAACAAUACCAUUGGAUCAUAUUUCUGUACCUGUCUGAAUGGAUACAUUGCAACAAAUUCAACUUUACCACCUUCAGGGGCCAACCCAUGCAUAGAUAUUGAUGAAUGCCUUGACAAUAUCUGUGGAGGUAAUGGGACCUGCACCAACAAUCCUGGAAGUUAUGUGUGUGAUUGUCAUACAGGCUUUGUGCUCAGUCCUGGUCAAACUGCUCCUUGCGUAGAUUUCGAUGAGUGUUUUAAUUCCACCAUCUGUGGUCCUGAUUCAAAUUGCACCAACACAUUUGGAGCUCAUACCUGUGCAUGUGAGGUGGGUUACGCACCGACUGACCGAGCUCAAGACCCCACCGAGAUCAACAUCUGUAUUGAUAUUGAUGAGUGUGUUGAAGAUGCUACCAUCUGUGGACCUCUUUCUAACUGCUCAAAUUCCAUUGGGUCUUACAUCUGCACGUGUUUCCCUGGUUAUCGAGAGAAAAACCCAAAAAGGAUUGCCAGCUUUGCUAACCCAUGUACAGAUAUAGAUGAGUGCAGUGAAACUCCAGGUAUAUGUGGUUUUCAAACUGUGUGCACUAAUAGGCCAGGAACCUUUUAUUGUUCUUGUCCGGAUGGUUUUUAUCCCUCAACUGGACUCCAGUGGAUUGUAGGAGUCUCAUUUUGUAAAGGUCUUCAAGAUGUUCUGGAUGAGAUAACACCCACUGAGGGUCAGACAAAAGAGAGGGCCUUUCUUGACUACAUGGACGAUGACCUGAAAAACAAUGAAGGAAUGUUCAUACCAGAAGCGACUGUUGAAAACUGCUUUGCAUCAUCUAUGGAAGUGUCAGGUGUUGGUCCUCGUGCCAGGUCAAUUAAGGUGAGUAGUGAAGGAGACGGGGACACUGGCAGUGCGAUCCUGGGCAUCUCAGACCGUUUAGUUUCUGCAUUGGUGGAGUCAGGUCAGAACCAAACAACGAGGAACUUAAAGAGUUCAACAGUGGACUUAAGUCUAGAAACCUUUGGACCUGGAGGCAAAGCAAAGAGCUCUUCUCUCACAGCCAAUGGAAACACCAUGGAAAUCAACAUGGGAAGUUUGGUCGAAAAAAAUAAUGGUUCUGCAGCAGCUGCCUUUCUGACUCUUAAUGGGAUGGAGAGUCUUCUCAGUCAUCAAUACUUUAAAACAGAAAACAGGACAGAGAUGUACUCUGAUGUUAUUACUGCAGUCCUCCCCUCAGUGAACAACACCAACCUCACAGAGCCUGUCAACUUCACCGUUCAACACAAGAAGAAAUUACCUGGAGAUGGUAUGGUGACAUGUGUGUACUGGGAGGGCAAACCAGAGGAAGCACAAGGUGGUAAAAAAACAGGAGGAAAGACCAGUACCAUGCGUUGGUCAGUGGAUGGCUGCUGGGUUGCAUACACUACUGAUAACUACACAGUGUGCAGCUGCUCUCAUCUCUCCACAUUUGCCCUCAUCAUGCAGAUCGGGGAGCCUCCACCAGAAGAUGAUUUCUUAGAGUGGCUGAACCGAAUGUGUGUGAUUGUUGGACUCUUCUUCUUUGCUUUGGCCAUUCUCACCUUCCUCCUGUGCAGCUGGAACCCCAAAAUCAACAACACAGCCCGUCUUCACCUCUGCCUCAGCCUCUCAUUAUCACACCUACUGCUGCUGUGGAAUGAAAAAUAUGCUGAACGAGAGCUGGCCUGCACCGUCAUGGCAGGGAUUCUCCACUUCUUAGUUGUUGCAAGUUUCGUGUGGAUGCAGCUGGAAGCAGUGCAGCUGUACCUGCUGGUCCGCAGACUCACUAAGGUGCAGGUGAUCCAGAGAGAUGGCCUCCCCAGGCCACUUCUGUAUGUGAUUGGCUACGGUGUUCCUUUUGUGAUUGUAGGCGUCUCUGCAUUGGUGUAUUCUGAUGGAUAUGGUGCCACUGAGGCAGGCGCGUGCUGGUUGUCACAAAAACGUAACUUCAAUUGGGCUUUAACUGGACCAGUAAUUACUAUCCUUGCACUCAACUGCAUGGUAUUCUGUGCUACUUUAUGGAGUCUGAGAACCACCUUGGCCAACAUGAAGAGUGGUGUCUCUCAGUCCACAGAUACAAGGUUGAUAGUGUUUAAGAUCGUGGCCCAGUUUUUCAUCCUGGGCUGUACCUGGAUUCUUGGCCUGUACCAGACCAAUGUUUUCUUCCAGGUUCUCUUCAUAAUUCUCAACUCACAACAGGGAACCUUCCUCUUCAUCGUCCACUGUUUACUCAACAAAGAGGUGAGAGAGGAGUACAUGAAAUGGCUGGCAUGUAUUUGCAAGAGGAAAAGAGAAGAAAGAUCUAUGAAGGAUGUGCCAUCAGUCUCAGAGGAUUUGGACAAGACCGAGGAACGGACAGAUGGUGGAAAAAACAAAGAAAGCUAAUGGUGAAGGAAAUAGUGUAAAUAUACAUCAACUUUGAACCAUGAGACAUAGGUGGUGUUGUUGAUUAGUGCUAAUGAAAUCAUUAUGUUUGCAUUUCUGUCUGAGCAUUUGGAUUUACUUCACUUAUUGUGUGAUAUUAUAUUCACUUGAUGGUUUCAGAAAAUACAUAAAACUGUUUCUCUUUGUCUUUUUUCAAAGGUAACAUAUUAAUUUUCAGUCCCAGAGGACUGAAUGCUCAUCAGCUACUAAUAACACUGAUCUGUAUUCAAAAUAUGUCCUGAUGGUAUACUGAUGGUAUACUGUUAAAGCUGUGUAUGACUUUUGUCACCAGUUUUUCAUCAAAUCUGUAAAACCCGAGUCAUAGCCUAAGCAUCACAAAUCCAUAAGUCUUUCCGUGAUUACACACCUGAAUUUCUUCCCUCACGGUGAACAAUUUCGAAGUGUACCCCACCAUAAACAAUCCAUUUUUUUACAGAGCCAGUAGGUCACUUGGGCAUUUUGAUGUACGUUGUGGGAAGCAGAACUCCACCCAGCUGCAGUAACAAGAGGUAAUGAAGCUGUUUCCUUGUUUGUUGCUGCCAGUGUUGGGAAUAAUGGCAUUAAAAAUGUUAUUGAUUUCCAGUAACGGAUAAUCUAAUUAAUUACUAUUUGAAACGUUACAAUUUACCAUUUACCAUUACCUUUACCGACAGCGAAAUGUGACGCAGUGUUAUGCAUUGAUAUCUAACAGCUGUUAUCCGUCCUGGCUCACUCAGCCAAGGUACUAGAGACGUGACGUUCAUGGACUGGAGUCUUUUGUAUACAUAUUUGAAUGUUUCUCAAAAAAGUAACCCAAUAAUUAUUUUUCCCAGUAACUAAUUACAUUUAUAAAGGAGUAAUUAAAUUACUACUUCAAUUGCUUUUCUGGGAAAGUAACUAGUAACUUUAACUAAUUAUUUU